AUGUGGGCCACGCUCAACGCCCACACCAUCUCCAUCUGGCAGACCCGGCCCUCGCAGGUCGUGGCCGCCCUCACCAGGACCGCCCGCAGCCUCGAAGAGUACGGCAGCAACACACGCAUCGAGUGGAGGCCCGACGGACGCGCCCUCCUCGUAGAGACCGACAAGUCGUUCCUGCUCCUCUACAGCCUCGUCUACCUCUACCCUUCAUCCGCCAUAUACAGCUACGUACCCCCAUCGGGCUCCGGCACAAAGUCAAAGACGGGCGAACCGCUCGCCCCGGGACCCAACUCGCUCAAGAACUCGUUUGCGCCGGGCGCAGGUGAGAGCGCUGCGGCUGGCGACCUUGGACUGGCCGGGCUGGUCGGCGAGGCAUGCGAGCUCCGCUUCCGCCUCGUGAUUCGCAUCGACGCUGGCCUCCGGUGGGCCACGUCCAUCGAGACGCACAUGCUCGUCAGCACCGUUUCUCCCCCGGCCGUGCAGUGCAUCCGAUGGCCCGACGACGCCAACGACGCCGUGCCCCGCCGAGACGGCGACAACUCGCCGGGGAGCAGCACCAGCCUGAUCAGCUCUCUCGAUUGGAUGCUGCCGAGCGCUACAGGCGACGACACCGACAAAUACCCCGCCGUACAUGUCGAACAGAUCCACUACUCGAGGCCGAUGGACGUCUUUGUUUGGAUCACGUCCGACGGGCGCGCCUAUGCGGCCAACCUCGACCUCGACAGCCGGACAAAGCCGUGGCAGGGGCGGUGCUUCCACGGCGCACGCCCGCGGACGAGGCGGUCCUCUGCAGCUGCCGGCGGCCACCUGUCUCGAGCCGACAGCAUGCGGUCAGAGAUAUCCGAAGAAGGCUCUCAUGCACCUCGAAAGCGGACCGAGGACGAAUCCGGCGGCGCCUCUGCGAACGCUGAGGCGGCGCCCGUCCCGCUUUCGGCGGAGCAGAGGUGCACCUCGGUCUCGAUCAACGCCAGGUUCAGCCUGAUCGCUGUGGGGCUGCAAGAUGGCACGAUCGCUGUCUACAACUAUCGCGCUGCAGGUCGGACACCGACGCCUUCUCACACGCUGUCGGUGCGCCAGGCGCUCAAGUCGACGGCGAGCUAUCUCCAGACCGGUGCCGUGCGAUCCCUGAGCUGGACCAGCGACGGGUACGCCCUCGCAGUCGGCUGGGACAAGGCCGUGGGCGUGUGGAGCACCUACGGCAAGCUGAUGGGCUGCAGCCUGCGCGAGGACUGGGAGACGGCGUCGAAGCACUUUUCCGACUCGUUCAUGUUUGGCGCUCGCGACCUCUUCUGGGGUCCCGGAAACACGGACCUCUUCGUGCUGGCCCAGUCGAAGCCCGACAAGCCGCUCGAUUGCGACAACCAGCUGUUUGUCCUGCCGUUCGCCAAGUCGGCCGUCGCCGGCCAGCACUCGCCCGACAACACCCGCUUCGCCUUCUUUCAGACCGACGACAGCGUCCACGUGUAUCGCGGCGGCGAUCAGCCGGAUCUCAGCGUCAUUGACCCGGAGAGCGACGUCUGGCACCACGUCAAGAUCCCGCAGGCCUACCUGGCGGCCAGCUGGCCGAUCCGCUAUGCGUCGAUCAGCUCCGAUGGCAAGCUCAUCGCCGUCGCCGGCCGGCGUGGACUGGCCCACUUCAGCUCCGCUUCGGGUCGAUGGAAGACGCACAAGUCGAUCGCUCAGGAACAGUCCUUCGUGGUGCGCGGAGGCAUGCAGUGGUUCCAGCACGUGCUGAUCGUCGCGUGCGAUGCGGGCGGCGAAUACCAGCUGCGGCUCUACUCGCGCGACUUGGAUCUCGACUCGUCCCACCUGCUCGAUCUCCAGGUGCUGCCGAGCCCCGUCAUCCUGACCAGCCUGUUCGACAACAGCUUGCUCGUCUACACCGCCGACAACACCUUCUACCACUUCCUCAUCGACCUCGCCGACGACCGCAUCCGGCUACGGCUGUGCGGCAGCAUCACGUUCGAAGGCGUCGUCGGCGAGCCGGCACGCGUGCGCGGGAUGAGCUGGAUGAUCCCGCCGAGCCAGCAGCGGUUCGGCGACCCGGUCGACGACCUGACGGUGGCGACCAUCAUUUUCCUGAUCGACGGCAAGCUGGUGCUGCUGCGCCCACGUCGGUCGGCCGAUGGCGAGGACGAGGUGGCGUACGACAUGCAGAUCCUCGCCGACAAGAUUGAAUACUACUGGACGCACCUGCAGGGGAUCGGCACGCUCGAAAACUCGCUGUGGGGCUAUGACGGCACGGGGAUCAAGCUGUGGCUCGAUGCGCUCACCAUCGAGACCUUCGACAUGGACGACGACGAUAGCUCUGACAUCGAGGGCGCGCACGAGUACAAGACCAUCGAGGAGAGCGUCAGCAUGCCUCUCGACUUCUACCCGCUCUGCGUGCUGCUCGAAAAGGGCAUCGUCAUCGGCGUCGAGUGCGAGGUGUCGCUGCGCCGAUCCCUCGACUUUGCCAUCUUCCGCACCAACACCAACACCCAUCUCUUCCUCCACCAGGUGCUGCGCAACUACCUCGAAAACGGCCAGCUCGACGAGGCCGUCUUCUUUGCGUCGUACUACCAGUCGCUCGUCUACUUUGCCCACGCGCUCGAGAUCCUGCUGCAUGCCGUGCUCGAGGACGAGGCGGAUGCCGGGCUCGGCGACGUCGAGUACCUCCGAAGCGCGUCCGGUGCGAUGCUCCAGCGGGAGCGGAGUGCGUCGAGCCUGCUCGCCGACGUCGAAGACGAGUCGUUCGAGGAGGGCGAGCAGGGCAGACAGGCAGACAGCGGCGCAGACGAGGGCGGCAGCGCAUCCGAGGCGGGCCCGCACACGCCUCCCCGCCGCUCCAGCAGCGAUCCUUCGAACGCGGCACAGCCGCAGAGGAUCCGCAAGCCCAGGAUCAAGGCGAUCCUGCCGCUGGUCGUCGAGUUCUUGGACCACUUUGACGAGGCCCUCGGCGUCGUCGUCGGCUGCGCGCGCAAGACCGAGGUGGCGCGGUGGGGCUACCUCUUCGACGUCGUGGGCAAGCCCCGCGACCUGUUUGAAAAGUGCCUCCGGGCCGGCGAGUACCGCACGGCCGGCAUGUACCUGCUGGUGCUGCACAAUCUCGAGCCCCUCGAGGAGAGCAUCGCGCACACCGUCCGACUGCUCAAGGUGUCGGUCAAGAUGGAGGAGUGGGGCCUGUGCCGGGACCUGCUGCGCUUCCUCAAGAGCAUCGACGACACGGGUCACGCGCUCGAGACGGCCGUACGUGGUGCGCGCAUCCUCGAGGAAGAUCGCAAGAGGGACGAGGAGAGGGAGCGCGGAUCGCCCGUCGCCCGUGGUUCGGGCGGCGGCAAGGAUGGCCCGCUCUCGGUCCCGUCGGCUCCGCCGCACGCCAUGAAUCGCAGCUCGAGCGCUCCCACCGUCCUCGAUGCUACAGUCGAGGAGGACGAGGACGAGGAAGAGGACGACGAGACGACGCCGAAGCUCUCUUCUCGGCCCUCGAUGGUGGGGAGCACGCCGCAGCGAGCAGCGUCGGUCUCGGCGUCGACGAGGCUAGGCACGCCACCGCCCGUCCCCGAAGUCAAGAUCAACGGACGCAUCAUGCCGUCGCGGACGCACUCGAGCCCAGCGCCCUCCUCGACGUCGGCGUCGUCGUCUUCCUCCUCGCCGUACGUCGGGCUCGGUAUGGGAAUAGGCAACAAGGGGCUGGGCAUGUCGCUGUCCCGCGUCGGGCUGCGAAGCUCGGACAGGAUCUGGGACACAAAUCGGUCGGGUUCGGGGUCGCCAACGGGGUUCAAGGGCGGAGUCGAAACGUCCUAG